AUGCUUCGUGGCAAUCAUGAAACACGUGCUGUAAACAGAAUAUACGGUUUUUUUGAGGAAUGCGUUCAACGAUUCCCAAACAAGAAUGCCGGAACUCAACUAUGGACAUUAUACCAACAUGUUCGCUACCCGAAACAUCUUUAUAUGCUUCGUGGCAAUCAUGAAACACGUGCUGUAAACAGAAUAUACGGUUUUUUUGAGGAAUGCGUUCAACGAUUCCCAAACAAGAAUGCCGGAACUCAACUAUGGACAUUAUACCAACAUGCAUAA